AUGGCCCAAAGCAACGACAGCGUCAUGUUUAACCCUUCUUCGCCUCACUCCUCUGUCGGCGCUGCCGAUUCCUUCAAGGGAACGCCUGACACGAGGUUGACCGCUUUCUCUCCGGAGGAAAGUGCCACGAGAUCCUCCCGUCUUCUCAAAUCAAUCGUGCAGGCCUCGCCAGAGACCACUCCCUCGAGAUUUCCCUCGAGUACCUUUGGCAAUGUCAUGUCUAGUGCCGAAAAGGACCCUUUCAUCACUACAAAUUCAAACACUAGCCAUCCGAAGCUGUCGCCGACUGCCUCUACUUUCCAGCCCUUCUCUUCGCCACUGGACAGGAACGCUGAAUUCGCCAUUCUCGACCGAGACAGACAAUCAGCUUCUAGCGUCUUUUCGACUGGAGUUAGGGAUGUUGGUGAACUCUCGGAGUGUCUCAUCAUCGGCUCCCAAAACCGAAACCUUGGCAUCACCGAUCUGAAUGCUUGUCUCAUGAAACUCCAGCGACUUGGUCUCUCGCUCCAAGAACCGCGACAAAUAUUCCACAGAGGAGGGCGAAUCUCUGUCCAGUUCAACGACAUUCGUGACGCCGUUCUGGUUCACGACAAUGUUUAUCGAGUCGAGGCUGACUUUGAAAUCGACUAUCUGUCAAACGUCGACUUUUCAGAGGUGCGUCUUGCUAGAUCUCCAACUAAAGCCUGGCAACUGAUAUCUGAGAAGCUUUCCAUUAGAAGCAGAGUCAAAUCUGGGGCUUGGGUCGCCGUUGUUGCUCUGGCUAUUCCUCCCUGUCCACUCGACAUCAUCCGCACCGAAGCAAUUCUCAAGCGCAUGCUGCAGUCACGGGGCCAACUCUCGGCAUACCGUGCCCAGCAGAACAACGAUCCUUCGGUAUACAGAGCCAUCGUUCAGUUCAGUGACCAGGCCGAAGCCGCCACAGCCGUGGUUGUGAUCAACAACACGAUUGUUGAGGUGAGCUAA